AUGGCAUCACCAGCUUCGCUCGGCUCAAGAGCCUUACGGGCUAGCCACCGAAUCCCUCGAGCCGCUUUCCAGACCAGAGGUCUUGCCGCAGCCGCCUCGGGCAGCUUUCAGUACGAGACUGGAGAUGCUUCUGGCCUCAAAUAUGCCAGCAGAGACCUACCCGGAGCCACAACCACCUUGACCGUCGUUGCCAAAGCUGGAACAAGAUAUCAGCCAUUGCCCGGCUAUUCCGAUGCUCUAGAGAAAUUUGCAUUCAAGUCAACCACCAAACGAUCCGCCCUGCGGAUUACCAGAGAAGCCGAACUCCUCGGUGGGGACCUUUCAGCAUAUCAUUCCCGUGAGAAUCUGGUCCUGAGGGCCAAGUUCCUGCGCGAAGAUCUACCAUAUUUCACUGAGCUUCUGGGAGAGGUUAUCACAAAAUCUAGAUUUGCGACACAUGAACUGAAUGAAGAGGUUAUCCACGUCAUAAAACUGGCCCGGAAGGACCUUCUCGCCAAACCACUCUCCUUAGCCUUGAACUCUGCUCACGCACUCGCCUUCCAUCGCGGCCUUGGAGAGCCCUUGACUGCCACAUCCUCGACGCCUCUGAAAUACCUUGAUGCCGAGGGAAUUGCUGCAUUCAGCACAGCUGCCUAUUCGAAGUCUAACAUUGCCGUUGUCGCGAACGGAGCAACUCCGUCCGAAUUCUCUAAAUGGGUGGGAGAAUUCUUCGGUGACGUUCAGGAGUCCCAGCGGAAGCUCUCCAGCCCUGCCUCAAAAUACUACGGUGGUGAGGAGAGAAUCGCGCAUGACUCUGGGAAUGUGAUGAUCUUGGCCUUCCCUGGUUCUAGCUCCUUCACUUCUGGUUCCAUCUACAAGCCCGAGAUAUCGGUCCUCGCCACACUUCUGGGAGGUCAGUCCAGCAUCAAAUGGUCACCUGGAUUCUCCUUGCUGGGCAAGGCAGCUUCAGCCUACCAGCACUCCCGCGUCGCCACCCAGCAUGCUGCCUACUCGGACGCCGGACUCUUGUACGUGACGAUCACCGGAAACGCUUCCCAUGUGACCAAUGCCAGCAAGAGUGUGGUAGACGCCAUCAAGAAAGUUGCAGCUGGUGAAGUUGCAGAAGAAGAUAUUAAGAAAGCGAUAGCCCUGGCGAAAUUCCAGGCUCUCGAGGCUGGACAGCAGAUCGAUACCGGGCUUGAGGCGACAGGCUCCGGCUUGAUCGCUGGCGGAAAAGCAUUCCAGGUCGAGGAAAUCGCUACCGCGAUUCAAAAGGUGUCAUCGGAAAAGGUCAAAGCUGCAGCCAAAUCACUGCUGGAGUCCAAGGCUUCGGUGUCGACGGUUGGUGACCUCUUUGCACUACCCUGGGCGGAAGAAAUUGGACUGAAGGUAUAA